AUCUCCCUGGAAUCUCAUGAAGUUGAUAAAAUUCGUAGAAUUCAUAUAAAAGCGAAGCCGUAAAGUGAAUUUCGGUUCUGAUUUUUGAAAAAAUAUUUGAAAUUUAACUAACUCGAAUGAAGUGAACUAAAUCAUGACGUUGAUCAUUGAUCCGUUGGCGUGUGUUGCGUUUGAGUUUAGUGAAUAAUUCAUUCAUACAUAUGCUUAGUAAUCUCUAGCCUUUCAUGAUUUAUGUACAUUGAUCGAUAAAUUGUGUCGUAUAUUUUCAAUUUCGCUAUUUUGUUAGUCGUUCGCGUUUCCGGCGUAUGCACACCUCUUGAAUGAAUGAAAAAAAGCUGGCGAAAACGAACUGAAUAUAAUUUUAUUAUGAUAAGUUUGACAGCAGUUGGAUAGCCAUUAGAAACAGAUUUGUUGAAAACAAGUUCUCGUCAAGAGUAAAAUUUAUUGUGAUACUAUUUUAUGCGUUGUCAAAAUGCCUUCAGAAACUACAUUACUGUACUGCAUUCUUUUCAUGACGUGGGUCGAGUCAUCUUGGAAUUUUUAUCUAGUUUUUCGACAGCGCUCUGUAUUGAAAACUACCACCAAUGUACCGAAAGAUUUAAUUGGAAUAAUGCCCAACGAAACAUUUUCAAAGGCCAGAUUGUACAAUUUGGAUAACAUCACUUUUGGAAUAUUUCAUUCGCUCUUCGAUAACAUUUUGGGAACCCUGAUGAUCAUCUUAUACGUUAUGCCGGCAUUGUGGAAAUACAGUAUCGGUAUCAGUACUAAAUUUGGAUUCAGCGAAAGUGAAAUCGUAGUCAGUAUCAUUUUCAUGCUAAUGAUGAAUACUUUGAAUAGCCUGCUAUCGCUCCCAUUUUCGAUCUAUUCGGUUUUUGUCAUCGAAGAAAAACACGGAUUCAAUAAACAAACACCGGGUUUCUUCGUGAAAGAUACGUUAAAAGCGUAUUUCUUGAUGCAGUUCCUCAUAGUUUUAUUGACUAGUCCGAUUAUUUAUAUUGUGAAAGCCGGAGGCGAUUAUUUUUUCAUAUAUUUAUGGCUGUUCGCUGUUUUCUUUACGCUGUUCUUUAUGACAAUUUAUCCCGAAGUUAUCGCCCCUAUAUUCGAUAAAUAUACUCCGUUGGAAGAAGGAGAGUUACGAACUAAAAUUGAAGAUUUAGCAGCUAGCGUGGGCUUCCCAUUGAAAAAGAUUUACGUGGUUGAAGGAUCCAAAAGAUCGGCUCAUAGUAACGCCUACUUCUACGGAUUUUUCAAUAACAAAAGAAUUGUCAUUUUCGAUACCCUUUUGAAAGAUUACGUUUCCAGUGAUUCGAGAAAUGUUAAAAAUGAGACAUCAAACGAAAAUGAAGAUGUUACGGAACAGCCAACCAAAUCACCCGCGUCUAAUGAAGAGGACAAAAAAGGAUGCACCAAUGAUGAAGUAUUAGCUGUCUUAGCUCAUGAGCUUGGUCAUUGGAAAGGAAAUCAUGUUUUGAAGCAAAUGAUUCUUAGUCAGAUCAACUUAUUCUUUUUAUUCAUGGCAUUCAGUUUCCUUUUCCGGUAUGGAAUUAUAUAUCGCGCUUUCGGAUUUCAAGAUUCUCAACCUGUAAUUAUUGGUCUAUUAAUAAUUUUACAGUUCAUUUUUACCCCAUACCAUUUCAUAUUAUCAUUUUUAAUCACUCUAUUGACUCGUAAAUACGAAUUUGAAGCCGAUAAUUUUGCUAAAGCUUUGGGAAAAGCCGAGUAUUUACGUAAAUCGUUAAUCAAGUUGAAUAAAGAUAAUUUAUCUUUUCCGGUCUACGAUUGGUUGUAUUCUACCUUUAAUCAUUCCCACCCACCUUUAUUGGAACGUUUAAAAGCGCUAAAUAAGACGGAGUAAUGUCUAAUGUCAUUAUUUUUCGAAGUGAUACCCAAACUACCCACCUAGCAACUUGCUUUUCACUUCUGGCAAUUUGCCUUGUAUAAAACCAAUUGUGGGAUAGAACUGGGAGUUUUGGUUAUUCUAUCAAGUACUUACUUCUGUAAUUUUUCGUACAAUGAAUGAAAUUGUUUUUUGUUUCCCUAUUGAAGUUCAGUCAAUCCUUUUUGAAGUGAGCACCGACGUUUUUUCUUCAUGUUGUAUGUUUUGCAACGAUCAUUACAAAUUGUUUAUUUAUAAGUUAUUUUUAAAUUCCUAUUUUCGUGAUGUAUGAUUUUUUCCGAGUCAAGAGUCAAUUUCUCAAAGAUAAUAUUGUAAAUACGAAGGGUUAUAAAAUUUAUAAUUUAAAACUUGCUGUUUUUUGUUCGUUAUAUUCCGCAUUGGUAUCAUUUUUGCGAUUCUCAGUACAUACAUUUAUGUAAUUAUGGAGUAAGCUGAAGCUGAAGUUAUGUGACGAUUGAAGAGGCGUUUGAAAGUCAAACAGGUAUCAAGAUGUUAAACAUCUCAACUCGAUUGGUAACAGAACAAUUAUCGAAUUGAAGAUUGAAGGAAAAUGUCAUUGUACUUUUAGUUUCGCUUUUAUUGCACCGCGUCAUCCAUCCACUUUUUAUCAAAUUGUUCAUUCAUGCUUAUUGAUUAACAAUUUUAUACUUUUCGCAGUAAUCAAUAUUGGCUUUAUUUGUUAACAAACCACGCGCCGUUUCUCUUCAAGUGAUAUCAUAAAAAGAAUUUUCAAACAUUUUAUAAGUUUUGUCCUUAUCCUACUUUCUCAAGUUGUUCUCAAAUUUUUAAAAGUACCUCUCAACUUUUUCGUCUUUUUCGAGUAACAUGGGGAUGUAAUGAAAUGAAAAUGCUAAAAAAAAACGACGAAAAUCAUGAAGUUUUUAAGAAAAUUAUUUUCCCCAUAAAAGUGGAAAAAACUGAAAAAUAGGAAGGACACUUUUGAAAAGAUUGAUACAAAAUGUUUUGUACUGGUCAAAAAUUGUAGAAUUUUCAUGGUAAAAAGAAGAAGAAUUUUUAUAGGUAGUGUUGGAGAGAAUCCUAAACAAUGCAUGAAAAGUUGAAUAAUAUUGAUGAAUGGCAUGAGUGAGGCACUGAGGCGUAAAAUAUACACGAGUCCAUACUUUCUCAUCUAAUUAUGUUGGUACUGUAGUCAUUUUAUAAUCUCAGCACAAAAUUUUCAUUUCCUUUAUUAUUUAUUUACAGUUCAUUGUAAGUUUGUCAUAUUAUCUGACUGAUAUUUUAUGCAUUUGUUAUUGAUAGACAAUGAGAAAAUGUUCAAUUCUAUGUAUUUGUUUGUCAGAUCUUGAAUAAUUAACUUUUAAAAAAAUUUAUGUUUUUUUAUUGAAAUUUGUCAGUAAAACUCUUUUUUUGCGUCA